CUCGUGUUGAAAUGUUGCACAACAUUUUACUUUAAAAAUAAGCCCUCCGUGCUGUAGCAACAUCGACCUGAAAACAUUGAACGCGUCUGUCAUUCAUUGUAGGCAUACGUUAUUUGAGGCAGACGAAGUUCCCUAUACUUCGUUUAACGAAGACAUGCUCGGUGCGCCAGAUCGACUACGGUUUGGAGGUUCCAGGAUGUCCCAGAAGAUCAAGGCGGGGUCGGUGGUGGAGAUGCAGGGGGAUGAGAUGACCAGAGUCAUCUGGGAGCUCAUUAAGGAGAAGCUCAUCUUCCCAUACCUGGAGAUGGACCUGCACAGCUACGACCUGGGCAUGGAGAACCGCGAUGCCACAGACGACAAGGUGACGGUUGAGGCGGCGGAGGCGACGCGGCGCUACAACGUGGGCAUUAAGUGUGCCACCAUCACGCCGGAUGAAAACCGGGUGGAGGAGUUCAAGCUAAAGCAGAUGUGGCGCUCGCCCAACGGGACCAUCCGUAACAUCCUGGGAGGCACCGUGUUCAGGGAGGCCAUCAUCUGUAAGAACAUCCCCCGCCUGGUGCCCGGCUGGGUCAAACCCAUAAUCAUCGGCAGGCAUGCCCACGGAGACCAGUACAAGGCCACAGACUUUGUGGUACCUGGACCUGGGAGACUGGAGAUGAAAUUCACACCCAAGAUUGGGGAGCCAAUGAACUUUGUUGUCCAUGACUUUGAAGGUUCAGGUGGUGUGGCUCUGGGGAUGUACAACACAGACAGCUCCAUCAGGGACUUUGCCCACAGCUCCUUCCAGAUGGGGCUGCAAAAAGCCUGGCCUCUGUACCUCAGCACCAAGAACACCAUCCUCAAGAAGUACGACGGCCGCUUCAAAGAUAUCUUCCAGGAGAUCUAUGAAAAGCAGUACCGCUCUAAGUUUGAGCAGAAGGGGAUCUGGUAUGAGCAUCGUCUGAUUGAUGACAUGGUGGCUCAGGCCAUGAAGUCUGAUGGAGGAUUCAUCUGGGCCUGCAAGAACUACGACGGGGACGUCCAGUCUGACUCUGUAGCCCAAGGUUAUGGGUCCCUUGGUAUGAUGACCAGUGUGCUCAUCUGUCCUGACGGUCGUACGGUCGAGUCGGAGGCGGCCCACGGCACGGUAACGCGCCACUACAGACAGCACCAGCAGGGCAAGGAGACAUCCACCAACCCCAUCGCGUCCAUCUUUGCUUGGUCACGGGGGCUGCUGCACCGAGCGAAGCUGGAUGACAACGCAGAGCUGCGUGUGUUUGCUGAGGCCCUGGAGGUCGUCUGCGUGGAGACCAUCGAGGCUGGCUUCAUGACCAAGGAUCUGGCGAUCUGUAUCAAAGGCAUGGCAGGUACCAAACGCUCAGACUACCUGAACACCUUUGAGUUCCUGGAUAAACUGUCAGAGAACCUGAAGACCAAGAUGUCCAACCAACCCAAACUGUGAUCACCUCAUCUCCUACCUUUAAACACACACACUAUUGACAGCAGGGACUAUGGGCCCUGGCCAACACUGAACCACGGGGGACUGUCUGCCCAGAACGCAACCAGAGCUUCUAGAAGACCUAGGACCCUUGAGACUUAAUCAUUCCCUCCACAAGCAGUCUGUCUGAUUCAAGGAGGUGUCUUGUCCAGGGGGAGGGGGGUGAUGUCCUCCCAAAGCUAAUGAAUCAUUCCUAUCUAAACUACUUGCCAUUGCUGUCCCACUCUCCCCAUGCUUGCUGUUGCUUGGUAAUAUGAAUAUUCAUGUGGAAUCAUUCAACUCAACUUGCCUCUUAUUUCAUUGCUGUUUCAAUGUUACCCAACAAUACAGACCAACUCCUUCUGCAUCAUAAAAGCUGUUGACCCCCUACAACUCUAAUGCCAUCUGCUCUGCCCCUUGAACACGCCCCCAACUCACCUGAUGAACUAGCUGCCCAAGUCAACACUGCUCCCUCAAUUCCCCCCCCCCCCCCCCUCCAAACUAAACCGUGUCCUUCUCCUCCUGGUUGACCCCUGAGAUCCAUGCACUGCUUGCUUCAAUAAAGAGUUCUCCACUGUCAGAAAACUACUUCAGCCUCGUGACGACGCCUUCUCUACUCCCUCCACUGAACUCUGCAACUCCUUCCGUCAGCUAUUUUCAAGGAAAAGCUCACAUAUACACUUCACUGACUGAUCAAUCUCUCUUAUCUGCCCCUCCCCCCGUCAACCUCAACCGUCACCCCUGAAACCCGGCUCUACGAAUUUGCACUCAUUGACUCUCCCUAUAUCUCAAAAUUCAUGUCAUCAACACCACAACUUACUCAUCACAGCUCUGUUCUCAUUAAAGCCUGCCUGCCCUCUGUCCAUAUAUCACACACCAUCAACCUCUCCCUUACCCACGGAUCUCAUCCCUCCAACUACAGAACAGCUGCAGGCACCCCUCCCCCAUCUUAAAAAUACCAGGAACGGACACCACCAUCUUUCUGCACAAUUUCCAACCUUCCUUUCCAAGACUCUGGAACAGACCGUGGCCUCCCAAUUCUAACCCACCUGCUAGUCAACAACUAAUUCAAGCUCGUCCAGUCUGGUUUCCACCACAGUACUGAAACUCUACUCAAAGUUGUGAAUGACCUCACCUCUGCUGAUGCUGGUGCCCUUAACAUCCUGAUUCUCCUUGACCGGAGUGCCGCUUUUAGCACUGAGUCAUCAGAUUGAGGGUGCAGCACUUUCCUGGCUACAAUCAUACCUCAUAAACCGGACCCACUACAUCUCCCUCAAUGGCCAUACCUCAGACGCCACUGCAGUCACACAGGGUGUCCCCCAAGGUACUGUGCUGGGCCCCUUACGCUUCAUCUUCCUUGGUCAGGUGACACCCAGAUCACCUCGGCACCAAAUCCCUAUUCGACCCACAUUGAAUUUCCUUUCUAGGCAAUAAAAACAUGGCUGCAACAACGCUUCCUCAAGCUAAGCAUUUAUAAAACGGAACUCCUACUCAUAGACACCAAAUCCAUCUUCACCAAAGCUGGUAAUCUUGCGAUUGACACCACUGUCUCCCCCCACACACACAACCUUGGCUUCACCCUCUCCUUUGACCAUCACAUAAGACGGACAGACUGGCAAAUUGUCAUUCUUCCACCUCUGCAACAUUGCCAAAGCUAGGUCCACCUGUCCUGCCGUUGAAACACGCAUUCAUCUCCUCCUGUCUUGACUACUGUAACUCACUACUCUCUAGCGUCAACUCAGGCUCCCUCCAUAGUCUCCAAGUGGUUCAUAACUCUGCAGCCCGACCCCCUCACCCACACUAAGUACUGGUAGCACAUCUCCUCUGUGAACUUCACUAGCUCCCUGUCUCUCAACGCAUUGAUUACAAGCUCUUCUUUCUGACCUACAAAGCCCUUCACCACCUUGCCCCCCCCACCCACCGCUGACAUUCUUGUCCCCUACCAACCCACAUGCCCCUUACCCUAAAUCAGGUUCGUAUCCUAACCCCAACCCUCCCCAUACACUGAUACAUCUCUCUUAUUUCAGCCCACCCCGCUCUUUAUUCAUGUUUUUGUAAACUUUAUUUUUUUUUUUUUUUUUUACAAUUGUUUAGAUUUGGUCCUUAAAGUGCUAUAUUAAUCGCAUGUUGUUUUACUAUAUGCAGGGUUCAGAUGUAGGCUGAGUAUUUGUAUUUUUACAGGGACAGUGCACAUUAAUCAACGUUUCAGUAAAAGUGCUUGUUUUAGCCAACCGGCUAAUUUUCAACCACAGUCCCUGGGCAGGUUGUUGAUGUGAGGCCAUCUUCUCCAUUGAUGACUUGCCACUAUGGUCCAGCCAUAUCUUUUGGUAACACUCAGCCAAUCUAAGUGGCCUGAAUCCUAAUUUGAGAUCCACAAGCAUAACUUGUGAUUUUUUUAUUUUUUUUAAAGCAAUCGCCUAGUGAAAUAUGUGUUUAUAAUUCUGCCAAGUAUGACUGUUUUUAAUGAAUGAUGGACACAGAAAUAACCAGUGUUCUUUACGCUAAUUGCAAUAAGGUCCCCCUAUGGUUGUGUUUUUUUUUUGUGUGUGUUGUCUGUCAGUGAGCAGUGAUCGCCAGUCCUGCCUGAGGGUGCGCUUACCCUUCUGUUGCCUUGUCUUAUGUAACGUGACUUCAGUCUGUCACACCAUUUUAUAUAGAUUAUGCCAUAACGACUACUGCAGCCUGUUUAGAUUUUGACUGUCUUGACUUGCUGUCAUUGAUUCACAAAGCUAUACUAGCAUCACCCACUCCCUGUUUGUGGUUAUGUAAGAUAUUAAAAACACACUUAACACCUUAACCCAUACAGAAACAACUGUCCAAGUACCUUCCUCUGCCAGUAAGCACACACAACCAGGGGAUGCAGGUUUGUACUCGACAGUGUGGUCAGAAUAUCAACUCAAUAAAUGGGUUUUGGAGAAAA